AUGGAUGAAAAAUGGACCUGUUUUACCUUCAAUUCAGCCAUAUCUGAGAAGCUCUAUGAUCAAACUUCCUUCCUUCUUCCUGCUGGUCUUGGUCUGGCUCUCUGUCAAUUACGAGUGUUCCAGUUGACUUCACCAGAAGAACAGCCUACCCAAGAAAAAGAAACAAAAUCUCCAGAUAUAUUCAAUUCUGAAGAAAUUUACAAUUUUGCCAUUAUUCUAUACCAGAAUGGUUUUAGUCAGCCAGGCACAAUGUGUUGUAUGCAGAUUGAUUUUGCUGUUUCUGUUAUUCAUGUCAUAAUAAAAUGCAGAACAAAGUGGAAAAUUCCAUUCCGAUGCAUCAAAGAAUUCUACAAUGAGGCGAACAGUAACGAGUUAAAAAUUAUUUCUACUGAUGGAGUAUUAGAAUUUACUGCCAAUUCAGAAGACAAAGAUUAUCUCUUUGAACUUCUAGGAAUGGUCGUUUUAGACAAUGAAUGUGCAAAAUUUGACAAGGUCAAGGAAAAAGAACUUGAUAGACAAUCCAUGAACCUUGUCUUCAAGAAUAGGAAUAUUUUGAAAGAAGGUGUUAUAGAGAAAAGAGUUGAUGCCAACAUGUUGUUAUGGCUGGAGAGACGUGUUGUUAUAAAAGAAGGUGAAUUUUCGUACAGUGAUAUCGCAAACCCGACACAAAGCUAUUUGGUACAAAUAUGGACAGAUACUAUGAAUGUUAAAGCAGUCAGUGAUUCUGAAUUCAACGUUACACACAAUAAAAAGCAAUACAUUUUUCGAAUAAAGAAUAAAAAUUCAGUGGACAUAACGGCAGAAAGAGAUUCUUGGAUGGAGGCUUUCUGGAAGGCAUCUGCUCGCAAAAAUAUAAAAACAAAGUGGAUGGAAAAUGUUAGAUUAUCUUCAAUAUCAGAAGAGGACUUAAAUAAAAGUGUUACAGAAAGAUCACCCACCCCUCCUGUGGAUUAUGAGGACAAUCUAGCACGCUUUCAAAGAAGCUGUAGUAAAGAGAACAACGUGUUGAAUGAUUUUCAGGAAUCUUGUGAUGAUGCAAAAGGACAACAAGCGCAACCAAAAGCAUUACCACGACUAAAAAUAUCACCAGGACCAAAAUCACCAGGACCAAGAUCACCAGGACCAAACUCACCAGGACCAAGAUCACCAGUACCAAAUUCACCAAUACCAAAAUCACCAUUACCAUCACGAGAAGUACAAUCACCAUUACCAUCACUAGAAGUACAAUCACUAUUACCAUCACUAGAAGUACAAUCACCAUUACGUCCAUCAGUACCACUACCACCACCAUUGCCUCCAAAACACAGUGCUCCAAAGACAACGGGGCUUCAUUCUAUGAAAGAGCUGAAGCAUUUCCCAGUACCAAAUAUCAACAAGAAUUUGGUAAGUCACUUUUUAUUACAGUUAGUUAAAUGGUUGGUUAGUUGAAGAAAUUCAGCAGCA